CCCUUAACAUCUCCCAUCGACGACACGUAAAAAAUUCCCGCGAGACAACGUACCGAAUAACUGGGAAAAAUCGAGCCUUUUUGCAUUUGAGCUAGGGUUUCGAGGGUCUCGAAGGAAUCGAGGGUUGGAACCCACAGAACGCGAUGCAGACGGAGGCAACGGUUGGCGAUAGGGCUCUAAGCUCCGCCCAUGGAGGCGGCGGUCUUAAAUACUCGGCGCGCAAUCAGCAACAGGCUCAGAUCGGGACGGUUACCAAUCUCUUGGCCGGAGGAGUCGCCGGAGCUGUGAGCAAAACUUGCACUGCUCCGCUCGCUCGCCUCACCAUCCUCUUUCAGGUGCAAGGGAUGCACGCCGAUGCUGUGGCUCUAAGAAAUGCUAGUAUAUGGCGCGAGGCUUCGCGAAUUGCUUGUGAAGAAGGGUUUAGAGCUUUCUGGAGAGGAAACUUGGUCACGAUUGCUCAUCGGUUGCCUUACUCUUCCAUCAGCUUUUAUGCUUACGAACGCUACAAAAAUUUGUUACAACUGGUACCGGGAUUUGACAGGCAUAAGGAUUACGUAAGCGCGGAUGUCGGCGUGCGAUUGGUAGGCGGUGGUCUUGCAGGAAUAACAGCGGCAUCCAUCACAUAUCCGUUAGACCUUGUGAGAACACGUCUUGCAGCUCAGACCAAGAAAAUAUACUAUAGAGGUAUUUCACACGCACUCUAUUCCAUUUCCAGAGAUGAAGGUAUCAGAGGAUUAUAUAAAGGUCUUGGACCAACACUACUGGGUGUUGGACCCAGUAUAGCAAUUAGCUUCUCUGUUUAUGAGACUCUGAGAUCCUUUUGGCAAUUCGAAAGGCCACAUGAUUCUGCAGUCCUGGUUAGCUUAACUUGUGGAAGUCUUUCUGGCAUUGCGGCAUCAACUGUUAUUUGCCAUCUACAGGUAGCGAUCCGUGAGGAAAAGUUGAAAGUUUAGAGGGGUUAUGUGAGACACACCAAAGUCUAUGGGAGUUUAGUGGAAUAAACAAAGCUCAGUUCAGUGGGUUUCGUGGAAAACGCUUCGAAGUUCAAAGGGGGUUUCUGAAACUUACCCUUUGUAUUAUAGUAACUUUUGUUUGAUUGAUAAUGAACCUAAGAACUAAGAAGUUCAUGUGAGCUUGGCUCUCCAUCAGGUCAUGUAGGAUAAAAUGUUAAUGGUACUUUUAUUUUUUAAAACUAUCAUGCUGACUUCUGAUCUAUAUUUCUCAGUGACGUUCCCAUUGGAUCUUGUGAGGCGACGAAUACAGUUGGAAGGUGCCGCUGGAAGAGCUCGGGUCUACAACUCGGGUUUAUUUGGUGCGUUUGGCCACAUAAUCAAAUACGAAGGCUUUCGUGGUCUGUACAGGGGAAUCUUGCCUGAGUACUAUAAAGUUGUCCCCGGUGUUGGUAUUGUUUUCA